AUGCGUGUAUGCCAAGGCAGAUGCGUGGUUGCUUCUGCUAUGUGCAUCGCAGAGCCGGGAAUGACGAACGACGGCUGCGACCGCCAAAGAAUCUCAUGCCAGGGAUCAAUGGCCUGUGUAAUUAUUUCAUAUACUGCGACGUUAGUUGGUGGCGGAACGGCGCCGACUGGCAACGGCCCGUCUCGAUUUGCUGAGACUACGUUCGAUUGCCAAAGUGAUGGGGUCUGGCAGGAUUUGGAUGGUAAUCGAGCAACUCAAGUGACUGCUACGGUGGAUCAAAGUACAUGCUGA